AUGCAAUACCCAUCCCGGGUCCUCGGGGCUGCGUGCCUUCGUCUCCUCUUCUUCUUGACUCCAGUCUCUGCACAGUUUCCCUGGGCGACCACCAUCUCUCGCACCGGAUGGACGGUCACUGCCGAUAGCUCCCAAACCGGGAACGAGGCAUCCAAAGUCAUUGAUGGGAAUGCCAGCAGCUUCUGGCACACCCAGUACUCCCCCACCACAGCCCCGCUCCCGCAUUACAUCCAGAUCGACAUGACCAAGGGUUAUGUUGUUAACGGCAUCUCGUACCAACCUCGCCAGGACGGCAAUAGUAAUGGCAACAUCGGCCAACAUACCAUCACCCUGAGCAACGACGGGACAACAUGGAGUGAUCCCGUGGUCUUUGGAACGUACCUGAAUGACAUGACCACCAAGUACACGUUUUUCUCCAACGCCACGGCCCGUUAUAUCCGCCUGACUGCGCAGUCUGAAGCCCAGGGGCUGAACAACCAGUGGUCUAACGUCGCCGAGUUGAACGUGUACAGUCCUGACCCUUCACUCAACGCCGGCUCCUUCACCCCACCAUCCACUAACCUGGGCCGUUGGGACGUGACAAUAGACCUUCCCAUUGUCCCCGCAGCGGGCUCCAUAUCCUCAGACAACACCGUGGUCUUCUGGUCUGCUUUCCGCCCGGACCUCUUCUCAGGGGGAACAGGGCUAACGCAAACGGCGCUCUGGAAGCCCACUUCGCAGACGGUGACGCAGCAGACCGUGUCCAACACGGCGCACGAUAUGUUCUGCCCAGGCAUAUCCCUCGAUGCCAAUGGGGUCACCGUUGUGACGGGGGGCAACGACAACAAAAAAACGAGCAACUACAACCCCUCCAGCGGGGCGUGGCUGACCGCGGCUCAGAUGAAUAUUGGUCGUGGGUACCAAUCCACGGCCACUAUCGCCGAUGGGCGCAUCUUCGUCAUCGGCGGGUCCUGGAGCGGCGGCUACGGCGGCAAGAACGGUGAGAUCUACAAUUCGACCGCCAAUAAGUGGACCAGCAUCCCGGGCUGCUCAGUAACGCCCAUCCUGACCAAAGACGCGCAGGGUGCAUUCCGCACCGACAACCACGCUUGGCUGUUUGCAUGGAAGCAGAACUCCAUCUUCCAGGCCGGUCCUAGCAGCGCCAUGAACUGGUUCAACGUCAGCGGAACCGGGUCCUGGAAAGCCGCUGGGAAAAGGGCGUCAGACCCGGACUCGAUGUGCGGUAACGCUGUCAUGUUCGAUGCAGUCAACGGGCUCGUCCUGACGGCGGGAGGGUCGCCCAGUUAUCAGGACUCAUACGCCACGGCCAACGCGCACCUGAUCAAGCUUGGGGCUGUGAAUACCAACCCCACCGUGACCAAGCUGCCGAGCAUGGUGUACCCGCGUGCCUUUGGCAACGGUGUUGUGCUGCCCGAUGGCGCGGUGCUGGUGGUGGGCGGACAGGCGUACGCCGUGCCGUUCACGGAUACCACCCCGGCUCUGCCCGCGGAGCUGUUCAAUCCCGCCACGAAUACGUGGAAGACCCUCGCGCCUAUUGCGGUGCCGCGGACGUACCACAGCAUUGCGUUGCUUCUCCCCGAUGCCACGGUCCUGAGCGGUGGUGGUGGGCUGUGUGGGACGGGGUGCCAGCAGAACCACUUUGAUGCCCAGAUCUAUUCACCGCCGUACUUGUUCAAGGCUGAUGGGACGCGCGCUGCGAGGCCUGUCAUCAAGUCGGUUUCGUCGGUGUCACUGAAGCCUGGUGCGACGCUGACUGUAACUACGGACUCAGCUUCCACGUUUUCCUUGGUUCGAUACGGGAGCUCGACGCACACGGUAAAUACGGAUCAGAGGCGGGUGGCGUUGACUACUACGGCCAGUGGAUUGACUUACACGGCCACCCUGCCUAGUGAUGCCGGUGUGCUGCUUCCGGGCUAUUGGAUGUUGUUUGCCAUUAACUCGGCUGGUGUGCCCAGCCUGGCCACCACCAUUAAGAUUUUGUUGCCCAGCAUUCACUAUACCGUUUUAUCGGAGCGUGUCAGCAAGAAGACUACGCUAGGUAGCAAGGUCAGUCGCAUUAUUUCUGAAGAUCUCUCAAACCCAGACCAAGUCCAGAAGAACCAACUUGUUACUUUGGCUGGCAAGAGUUGUGGGGGUCAGAAAGGCAAAGGGACAUCGAACAACAACCCGAUCCAAAUCCAGCAUCGCCCCACAGCACAAGCUUCUACAUCUAUUGAGCCAAACGUCACUGUCCACCCAUCUACCGAGCAACGCACACCCUUCAUUACUCCUGAUUCCAGAGCGCAAAGACGUUUUCAGAUGUGCUGUUUGUGGGCAAAGGUUACCCGUCCCCAAUUCCCGAGACGCAUCAGAGGCCAAUCCUGCUGA